AGUAAGCCGUUAUUAGUCAUUUGAUAUCAUCCCCAGGGUCUUAUCCUCGUCCACAACGUAUCCUUCCAGGCACCAUCAAGCGUAGAGGCCACCUACAUAAUUUAGGCAAACGCUUUCGCAUGCCACACCAGUGCACCCUACACAACCCUCCGUCACUUGAUCCUUUGAAACCCGUCAGGAAUGUUAGUCUAACUUUGGAUAGCAGCAGCUUGGGCUAUGAAGUCCCUCUCUAGAGCCUCGACUCCAAUACAAAGAUCAUGGCUUCAAGACUUGAUAGACUCGUCACGAUUCUCGAGACGGGCAGUACUCGUCUGAUUCGCGAGACUGCCGUGAAUCAGCUGGCAGACUGGCAAAAGCAGCAUCCAGAUGAACUCUUCAACCUACUCUCUCGUGUCGUUCCCUAUCUGCGGCAUAGAGACUGGGAAACGCGAAGCACUGCAGCCAAAGCUAUUGGUAAAAUCGUCGAGCAUGCGCCUUUGUACGAGCCCAAUGCAGAAGAUGGCACACCUCCCAAGAAGGAGGAAACCAAGUCUGAAGAGGACACCAAAAGAGAGCCAGAUGUGGACCACAGCACCGUCAAGAAGGAGGAGGACGUCAGCGCCAAAGAUGACCUACCGGAAGAGAACACGUUCAAAUUGGAGACUUUGGACGUCAACAACAUUCUUCAAUUUGGGAGGGCACUUCUGCGUGGAGGUAAUCCCGUCUGUGGGCUAGCCUCUUUGGACCCGUCGGAGCGACUCGCGCAUCAAAAGAAAACGCUUUAUGGGCGACUAGGUCUACUUGGGCGGAGCUUUGAGGACGAAGAAAUGCCCGUUGACCUUGAACGUCUCGUGACACCAACGCCGGCUGCGGAACAAGCAAGUAACGGCAAAAUGAAGGAAGAUAGCGCAACACCUGGGCAGCAAGUGGGCGAAGCAGGUCUGAGUUCCCGACAACUCAACGUGCUCAAGCGCAAAAGGAAGCGAGAGGCCAUGAAGGCGUCACAGGGAAAGAGUGGCUUUGGUGAUCUAUCUCUCCGCCGUUCAACCACGACAGGCUCCGAAGGGCUCGGUGCCGAGGAUACGCCCAUGCCAGACUCUGACGCGAAGAAGAAUGGCAAGGUGGAAGAAUACUUCAACCUUGACCGGCCUGGGGAUGUCGAUGAGGAGUCGAAAGUCGUCAGCGAGUACAAAGGCCCAGUCAUCCCCAUCAAAUCCGAGCUAGAAACCGACAAUGUCCUGGAGGGCGCUGAAUGGCCAUACGAGAGACUGUGCGACUUCUUGAAGGUAGACCUAUUCGAUCAUGCUUGGGAGACUCGUCAUGGUGCUGCGAUGGGUCUGCGUGAGCUCAUUCGAGUCCACGGCGGAGGCGCUGGCAGAGCGUGGGGGAAAUCGCAAUCGGAAAACGACGCAGCCAACUGUGCUUGGCUUGAUGACCUGGCUAGUCGGUUGUGCUGUGUGCUCAUGCUUGAUCGCUUCACAGACUACAGCUCCGAUACGUCCGUGGCCCCCAUCAGAGAAACCGUCGGUCAAACCUUGGGUUCAGUCCUCAAGCACCUUUCGCCCGAGUCCGUCCACAAGGUUUAUCGCAUUCUAUAUCGCAUGGUCAUGCAGGACGACCUUACGCUAGAACGACCCAUCUGGGCAGUCGGACACGGUGGAAUGGUGGGCAUGAGAUACGUGGUUGCCGUGCGGAAAGACCUUUUGCUCGAGGACAGCGACAUGAUUGAUGGCGUUGCCCGUGCAGUCAUGAAGGGGCUUGGCGAUAUGGACGACGAUGUCCGCGCCGUGAGUGCAGCUACAUUGAUCCCCAUGGCCAAGGAGUACGUUACUAUGCGACCAGAUGCCUUGUCUGAACUCAUCGACAUUGUCUGGGCAAGUCUAUCCAAUCUUGGCGACGACCUCAGCGCCAGCACUGGACGCAUCAUGGACCUCCUGGCCACCCUUUGCAGCUUCCCCGAAGUCUUGGAAACCAUGAAGGCCAGCGCAGCCGCGGACGAGGAAAAGUCUUUCACUCUCCUCGUACCACGACUGUACCCGUUCCUCCGACACACGAUCACAUCGGUACGCUUAGCCGUGCUAAAGGCAUUGUCAACUUUUGCGAAACUAGAAGGCAGCACCUCCCAGGGCUGGCUUAACGGCCGUACUCUUCGACUCAUAUUCCAAAACAUUCUCGUGGAGCGGGAUCGCGAGACGCUGAACAUGUCGCUCGAGCUUUGGAGUGAUCUUGUGAACAGCUUCGCCGACAAACCAGCUGUGCUCGCUGAGGAGUUCAGCGCUCACUUGGAGCCUCUGAUGCAGCUUACACUGCAUCCGAUUGGCAUCUCACGCAACCCGGUGCCAAUGAAUGCCUCUCUGUUCCAGAAGCCCUCCGGCGGGACUUACUCAGUACCAGGGGCACCCCAACCCACACCCAGAAAGGCAUCGUCACCGGAUGUCUCCGAUCAGCGGGCCCCCAAAAGGCGUCGCAAAUCGAAUAAGAUGGAUGAGACACCAACGGCUAGCCUGACGCAUGAUGUCGACGGGCAUAUGAUGCAAGGCGACGUGGACUUGGUUGGCAUGGACGUACUGAUCCGGUCUCGCGUGGCUGCAGCCAAGGCUAUGGGCUUGAUCAUGGCACGCGUGCCUGCAGACAUGGUCAAAGACUUUGACGCCCACAUCAUCCCUCAUUUCACCUCUGGCUACUCCUCAACACAGCUAACAGCCUGUGCCGUUGUCGACGAAUACGCCAAGAAGAGCCAGGUGCCAGGGAACGCGUCGCGCUACCUCGAGCAAUUCGAGACAAUGAUCACAGGCGAUCGCCCCCCGGCGUAUCGUGAUCUUCUCAGUUACAUGCAGCGAGUACGCACCCAAUGCGUACAGCUCAUGCACUUCUUCCGUGACCAUGGCAAGGUACCUCAGCAAAAGCUACCCCUUCUCCCCGUGGUCGUCCAGGGCGAUGCUGAGGCCGGCCCGAGUGCCUUUUCUCUGACCACCGCCGAGAAGUGCGUCAAUGAGGAUUUCGAUAAGCUCAAGAAAGCUAUGCCCCCAGGACAGCGUUUGAUUGCAAGCCAGCAGUUGGCCGAGCAGCGUGCGCUGGCUCGGUCUGUGAUCGAGGAGGCUAGGUUGAUCAAGGAAGCGCGCGAUGUCCGCGUCAAGGCUGGCGCGGCCUGCGCCAUUGUGGCCAUCCAACAGCUACCGAAGAAACCAAGCCCUCUUAUUAAGAGCAUCAUGGACUCGAUCAAGACGGAGGAGAAUCACGAAUUGCAAAGUCGCUCAUCGGAUACCAUUGCGAAGCUGGUGCAAUUGUUUGCAGAAAGCGGCCGCCGUGGUCCAGCUGACAAGGUUGUCGCGAAUCUGGUCAAAUUCUCUUGUGUCGAAGUCGCGGAAACGCCCGAAUUCCCGAACCACGCGUCCAGAACAGAUGUCGUCCUCUCUAUGCUUAAGGAGGAAGACAGGGUUGACCAUGCAGAUGCGGCGAAAUUUGCUCGGGAGUCCAAAGCCGCCAGGAUCAUGCGUCGUGGUUCGAAAGAGGCGCUCGAAAUACUCUCUCGCACGUACGGAGCAAAGCUGCUCGAGACCGUACCCAAGUUGGAGUCGUUCAUGGAAGAGCCCUUGGAGAGGGCCUUUAGUGGCGAACUGCCUGCUGAGGCCAAGGACCCUGAAAAGUCGUUUGGCCAGGAAAUUGUCGAUGCAAUGUCUGUCAUCCGUAUGAUGACGCCGACAUUUGACGUUGCGCUGCACCCAUUCGUGAUGCGUAUGAUGCCGCUGGUCAUCAAGGCGCUGCACUCUGAGCUCUCCGUGUUCCGGUACAUGGCCGCCAAAUGUCUUGCUACGAUAUGCAGUGUCAUCACGGUCGAAGGCAUGACAGCCUUGGUUGAGAAGGUUCUGCCGUCGAUCAGCAACCCAACUGACCUGCACUUCCGACAGGGAGUGACAGAAGCAAUCUACCACCUGAUCUCGGUCAUGGGUGAUGCUAUCCUGCCAUAUGUCAUUUUCCUCAUCGUGCCGGUCCUUGGCCGAAUGAGCGACUCUGACAACGAUAUUCGACUCCUCGCUACAACGUCUUUCGCUACCUUGGUCAAACUGGUACCAUUGGAAGCCGGUAUCCCGGACCCUCCUGGUCUCUCGGAGGAGCUUCUCAAGGGACGAGAUCGCGAACGAACUUUUAUCGGCCAGUUGCUGGACCCAAAGAAGAUUGAGCCCUUCACCAUCCCAGUUGCCAUCAAGGCAGAGCUUCGCUCGUACCAGCAAGAGGGUGUCAACUGGCUCCACUUCCUGAACAAGUACCACCUGCAUGGCAUUCUCUGCGACGACAUGGGUCUCGGCAAGACCUUGCAGACUCUGUGUAUUGUGGCCAGCGAUCAUCAUGAGCGCGCCGAGAGGUUCGCCAAGACACAGGCGCCAGACUCACGGCGAUUGGCGUCCUUGAUUGUGUGCCCCCCUACACUCUCCGGUCACUGGCAGCAAGAGAUUAAGACCUACGCGCCAUUCCUCAGCGUGACGGCUUAUGUUGGGUCACCGACGGAGCGCAAGUCCAUGCGGGAUCAGCUUGGCCAGACCGAUAUCGUGAUCACGUCGUAUGAUGUCUGCCGCAACGAAGUUGAUGUUCUCGCAGAGCACAACUGGAACUACAUCAUCCUGGACGAGGGCCACUUGAUCAAGAAUGCCAAGGCCAAAAUCUCUCAGGCCGUCAAGAGAUUCGCAUCCAACCACCGCCUCAUCUUGACCGGAACCCCUAUCCAGAACAACGUCGUGGAACUUUGGUCGCUGUUUGACUUCCUCAUGCCUGGCUUCCUGGGCACCGAGAAGGUGUUCCUCGAUCGUUUCGCCAAACCCAUUGCCGCCAGUCGGUUUAGCAAGGCGUCUACCAAGGAGCAAGAGGCCGGCGCAAUCGCCAUUGAAGCGCUGCACAAGCAGGUGCUUCCCUUCCUGCUUCGGCGUCUCAAGGAAGAGGUGCUCAAUGACUUGCCGCCCAAGAUUCUCCAAAACUACUAUUGCGAUCUCAGUGAUCUGCAGCGGAAGCUGUUUGAAGACUUUAACAAGAAACAAGGCAAGGCAAUCGCCGCUGAUGCGGGUCGCGAGGACAAGGAAGCCAAACAGCACAUCUUCCAAGCCCUGCAGUACAUGCGUAAGCUGUGCAACUCUCCUGCACUGGUGAUGAAGCCCGACAACACCAUGUACAAUGAGACGCAGCGCAUCUUGCAGAAGUCCGGUACGUCGAUCGAGGACGUGGUUCACGCACCCAAGCUUAGCGCUCUUCGGGACCUGUUGGUGGACUGUGGCAUCGGCGUGGAGGGUAACGAGUCCAACGAUCCUCUGUACCAGCCCAUCAAGCCUCAUCGAGCGCUCAUCUUCUGCCAGAUGAAGGAAAUGCUGGACAUGGUGCAAAACACUGUGUUCAAGCAGCUGCUCCCUUCAGUGUCACAUCUCCGUCUGGAUGGCUCCGUCGACCCCAGCAAGCGGCAGGAUAUCGUCAACAAGUUCAACAGCGAUCCUUCAUACGAUGCGCUGCUUCUCACCACUAGCGUUGGAGGUCUUGGUCUUAACCUAACGGGCGCAGACACUGUCAUCUUUGUGGAGCAUGACUGGAACCCUCAGAAAGACUUGCAGGCCAUGGAUCGCGCGCAUCGCAUCGGUCAGAAGAAAGUCGUCAACGUGUAUCGCCUGAUCACGCGAGGUACUUUGGAGGAGAAGAUCUUGAACCUGCAGCGCUUCAAGAUUGAUGUGGCCUCGACUGUCGUCAAUCAACAGAACGCAGGGCUCCAGACCAUGGACACGGACCAGAUUCUGGACCUUUUCAAUCUUGGUGACAGCGGACCUAAUCUCAUCAACGACAAGAAGAAAGAUGACAGCUUUGAGGGCCGCGAAGAAGACAUGGUGGAUUUGGAAACCGGCGAGGUCAACAAGCAGCCUGGAAAGAAGGCUUGGCUGGAGGACCUUGGCGAUUUAUGGGACAAGGAGCAGUACGAGGAAAGUUUCGACCUCGACGAAUUCAUGAAGAAGAUUUAGAACGCCCCGGGGGGCUUCUAUAAGGUAUACUUAUAUAAAUAUGUACAGUAUUGGCAUUGGUGGGAUACAAGAGCGACGGAGUGCUUGCGGCGUUCCGGAGGGAUAUGGGUUGGGGUGAGCUCAGGUUUUACCACGAGCUUUGAGUCAAAGGAGACCAUCAACAUGCAUUUUUAAUUAAACACAGGCAGACGCUUCAAAUGCCAUUGCAUUCUCAACAAUUCCUAGACUGACGCUCUG